UAUACGUUAAUAAGUGUUAGUAUGUAUUAAUUUUCAUAUUUUGUGCAUUUUGAAGUGAAAACUGAGGAUAUUUUAGAUGGAUUCUCAAGAAAUUAGAAAUUAUAGUCAACAAAGCAAACUUAUAUUAUUUUUUUAAAGGAAUAUAAAAAUGUGAAAUUUAAACAAACAUUCCUAUUUUAAGGCCAGUAUUCGUGAAUUAAGUAUAUCAAUAUAGUAUUAUGAAGAUAAUGAAGGAGUAUUUACUUUUUACAAAUCUCUUAACUGAUAACAACACUUAAUGGUUUACAUGGAUGAUUUCGAGGGCGCAGGGCUCAAAUGCGACAUGCUGCCCACUAUGGAGGCGUGCACUCCACCCAUACAGCUGGAACCUGUUGAUCUCAGUCUAAAGCGGGCCACGACGCCACGUCGCCGAACUAGACCAUGCAACUACCCAACAUCUUCAGAAGUCAUAAAACUAGAACAUUCUACGGAGUUAACUAUUGAGUCAGACUUCGACGUACUGAGAAAUAAAAUAGGACCGAAUUAUCGAAGACCGAGGAUAUUAAAGCCAUCGACGCAACGAUAUAAACCCAACGAGCAGCCUCAAACGCCACCUGAGCUGUCAAUGUCAACAUUCCCGCCAAUAUUCCCUACAGAUAAAACAAUUUCAAAUAUGGAACUUAAGAACUUUCUCAACACCGCGCUCCAGACAGCCUUGACAGAUUCAUUGAACCAAUUACAGGCUAUCCCAAAAACAAUAGAGCAAAGUGAAGUCAAAGACAGGCGCAGACUGCAUAAAUGCGAUGUAGCUGGCUGCCAAAAGGUCUAUACAAAGAGUUCGCAUUUGAAGGCGCAUAAACGUACGCAUACUGGUGAGAAACCCUACAGCUGUGGAUGGGCCGGGUGCGGCUGGCGCUUUGCACGCUCAGACGAACUGACGAGACAUACACGUAAACAUACCGGCCAUAGACCGUUCAGAUGUCCCCUUUGUACAAGGGCUUUUGCACGCUCGGAUCAUCUUGGAUUGCAUAUGCGGAGGCAUUGAUUGUGAUAAGCUAGAAGUAUGCUAAUUUUUGUGUGAGGAAGAGAGAAGAAAAAUAUUCCAACAUUGUUAUGGUAAAAAUCGAAUAACACGACAUUUUUCAAACAAAUGAUAGAAAUUUAAAAGGUAUAAAGAAAGUAUGAAACGAACGCAGAAAUAUUUUAAAAUUCGGGACCAC